GUCCAAGAUAACUAACCAAGUUAGAGCUCUGACAAACGACCCAAGUAGUUGCAACAUCCGUCGCGGUCCCGUCGCGUCUCCCCGCUUCUCCUGCAGACACACACACCCUAAUCCACCACUGACCGCCCCAGAUGUCCGGAGACGACCACGACGAGAGCUAUCGCGAGAGAUUGAAAUCGGCACUCUGGUACAGCGUCGGCAAAAUCGUCGACGACGAAUCGCUGAGCCUUCAGGUCAAUGUCACACCGCAAUUUAUCGGUGCGUUGACAGAGCUAGUAUAUGCACAGGCGGAAAACGUUGCGAAAGACCUCGAAUCAUUCGCACACCAUGCGAACCGGAGUACCGUCAACACCGACGAUGUCCUGCUACUCGCCCGACGCAACGAGGGCCUAGGUCAGGUUCUGGAAACGUUCAUCGAUAACGCGCGGGAGGAGAGGGAAAAGGAAGAUGUGAAGGUUGGUCCUGCUAGGGGAAAGGCGAAGGCUACUGCAAAGGACAAAGGGAAGGCUCCUGCCAAGGGGGGCGUGAAGAAGCGAACAUGAUUUUUCUAUAUCGGCCUCGACUUCAAUUGCAUUAUUUGGGUGGAACCUUCCUACGUAUCCAUCUAGGUACUCUAGAUCGCACUUAUUUACCGCGUCAUGCGUCAGGCCGCGCGUCUGGUGAAGUUGUUUUUUCUUCUAUUUUCUUCCAAUUCAUCAUUGAUUGCGUGCGACCUAUCUAGAUCAUGGCGAUGGCCAAUCACUUGUUUCCCG